UCGCUCUAACUGCUCCAAAGGUGGCCCAUUUCAACUUCUAGCGUUGGGAAGCCCGAGUUUUUGCUCGGAAGACUGGGCAAUUAUUAGCUAUAGGGGAGUACAACGUCUUCGAAUGACCGGAAAAGCUGUGCCGCCGACCGUUCGUUGCAUUGAGAUCACGUUUUGAAUGUUGUACUAGCACGGCGUCAAUCACGGACCUGUUUUGAUGGGCGGUGCGCUCGCGCAUCGCGCAUCGGUCAGACAAGGAUGACACUGCUUUAUCAAGAUCCAUCCAAUCCAGACGCAGGAAUGCGAACGGAAGCCGACUGGUGUGCAUUUUGAGUUUCUUUGCAAGAGGGAUAAAGCUAGGGUGAACGUUGUUGACCUUUGGGUGUCAAGCUUGCCUCAACUCUGCGGCCUUCACACCUCCGCUCUUGCAUCGUAUUACUUUCAGCUAGUCUAUUCGUUUACGAGGAUGCCAGGACUUGACAAGGAUGGCCCAGAGAUGCACGCCGUCGCGCGAAAGGCGUUAUCUAUUGGCAUCACCUACAAGGAUGCCGUGCAGUAUUCCGGGAGAGACGCACCCCCCGAACUCGUCGCCUCUCAUGGCGAUCCAGAGAAGGUAAAACAGAUGUUGACCCAAUUUUAUGGGUAUAAGGAAGAAGAUAUCGUCAUUAUGAAGGAUGAUGGGAAGCAUACACUGCCGACUCGGGAAAACAUCUUGACAGCAAUUGAUGAGCUUGUCAAGGAUGCUAAAGCUGGUGAUCGCUUCGUGUUUCACUUCUCUGGACAUGGUGCCCAGAUACCUGAUGAGAAUGGAGACGAGGAAGAUGGAAUGGACGAAGUCAUCUGGCCGGUCGACGUUAUAUAUGAUGAUAAGGAAGGAACUGGCAUAGACAGGUAUAUCGUCGAUGACGAACUGAAAGAGAGACUAGUGGAUAGACUUCCAGUCGGGACAUACCUCACUGUGAUCCUCGACAGUUGUCACUCUGGUUCUGGUAUCGAUUUGCCACAUUCACGCCCAGAAAGCGAGGACGAGGAGACGUUACACAAGAUAUGGUCCCCUAUCACUCCGAAGGCCAAGUCCAGGCCACCUUUCGCACCAGCUACAACGAGAGGUUCGUUCCAGCUAAAGCUCCCACAUAUGAUGCAAGACGGUGAAAUAGUGAAAGAGUUGAAAACUCUCGAGGAGUGUGUCGUGGAGGGAUUUGAAGAAGUUAAAGCGAAAGUUCGUAGCGAGAAACAUGUUACAUCCUGGGCUGCAUGCGUCGACGACACGCUUGAGCUUGAGAGUCCGGAUGGAGGCAUGCUUACUAUGGCCUUCUGGAACGUAUUACGCAAAAACCGAAAGUUGACGCAUGAGGAGCUCUUUAAAGCAAUCUCCGAGCACCUGGUGAAAACAGUCAGACCGGGCAAGAAGCAAGUGUUAGAAAUGGGUUUGGGAUGCCCUAAACCGGUGCUUGCCAGCCUUCAGAAACUUGACGUUGUCUACCCGAUUCCAUUCAGUUUCUGAGCUAUGCGCACUGCAGCCUAGUCAAAUUAAUUCUUCUUUACUGGUAUUCGUUGGCAUAUUAGUCCGGGUCUUUUUUUAUGCUUGAUGGUUCUUUGCAUAGCUAUAAGCCAAUGGAAAAAACGGUACACCGCAUGGGCCGUGCUUCAUUGCACUCUGGUUCCUUCUUUCUCCCUUCACCAUGGCACACAAUUUAAUCGGCAGGUUCACUUCUUGAUGCAUAUAUAAUUUCAGCUUGCUCUCGUGGCACAAUUCAUAUGAUGUAUAAUGG